CUUUGGCUUGAGAGGGAACAGUAAGCCAUGGAUGCCUACUGUUUGGGACUAAAGGGCAAUGCUUUUGCCUUUCAAGUGGGCAGAGGAAGAAGUUUGGGAAGUGAUGGUGGAAUUUGGGGAGAUGAAAAUUGUUUCAGGUCUAAGGUUUUUGGGAGUAGGAAAUGUGUUAAAGGAAGGAGUUUUGAUGGAAGGGGCAAGGAAAGACCUGUUGUCUCUAUUCUAACAUCAGACGUCAACAAAGAAACUAUGGUUUUUGAAGCUCCAAUGUUUGCAAGAGAAAGGGCAGAACCGAAGAAUAUUGCUUCCGUCAUAUUGGGAGGUGGAACUGGAGCAGAGCUCUUCCCUCUCACUAGUACAAGAGCUACAGCAGCUGUUCCCAUUGGAGGAUGCUACAGGCUUAUUGAUAUUCCAAUGAGCAACUGUAUAAACAGCGGCAUAAACAAGAUCUUCAUCAUGACCCAGUUUAACUCUGCAUCUCUUAAUCGACAUAUUGCUCGUACUUACAAUUUCAGUAAUGGAGUCAACUUCGGAGAUGGAUUUGUCGAGGUUCUAGCAGCCACACAAACACCUGGAGAAACUGGAAUGAACUGGUUCCAAGGAACAGCUGAUGCCGUAAGACAAUUCAGUUGGGUCUUCGAGGAUAACAGGAAUAAGAACAUUGAGCACAUACUUAUUUUGUCUGGUGACCACCUUUAUCGCAUGGACUACAUGGACUUUGUGCAGAAGCAUAUUGAUGCGGGAGCAGAUAUCAGUGUUUCUUGUAUUCCUAUAGAUGAAAGCCGGGCAUCCGACUGUGGCUUAAUUAAGAUUGAUAAAACAGGCCACAUUGUCCAAUUCUCUGAGAAACCCAAGGGUGCAGACCUAGAAUGUAUGAAAGCUGACACAACAGUCUUCAGUCUCUCUCACAAAGAGGCCAUGAAAUACCCCUAUAUUGCAUCCAUGGGGGUAUAUGUUUUCAGAAGAGAUGUUCUGUUGAAGUUACUUAAGUGGAGGUUUCCUACAUCGAAUGAUUUUGGUUCUGAGAUACUUCCUUCAGCUUUGCAAGAGUAUAAUGUUCAGGCAUAUCUGUUUAAUGAUUACUGGGAGGACAUUGGAAAAUUGAAUUCCUUUUUUAAUGCAAAUUUGGCCCUCACCGAGCAGCCUCCAAAUUUCCACUUCUAUGAUCCAAAGACACCCUUCUAUACAUCACCACGAUUUUUACCACCUACGAAAGUGGAUAAGAGCAGGAUUGUCGAUGCAAUUGUAUCACAUGGCUGCUUCCUGCGUGAGUGCAGUGUUCAGCAUUCUAUAGUAGGCGUUCGUUCAAGGUUGGAUUAUGGUGUAGAACUGAAGGAUACUGUGAUGAUGGGUGCUGACUUCUAUGAAACAGAAGCUGAAAUCGCUUCUCUUCUAUCAGAGGAUAAGGUUCCCAUUGGUGUAGGUGAAAACACUAAGAUCAGAAACUGCAUCAUCGAUAUGAAUGCAAGGGUUGGGAAGAAUGUGAUCAUAGAAAACAAAGAGGGUGUUAGAGAAGCUAACAGGGAAAGUGAAGGGUACGUUAUAAAGGAUGGUAUCACAAUAGUUCUAAAGAACGCAACAAUCAAAGAUGGGACAAUUAUAUAGAAAUGAUCCUCUAGAGAAGCUGUCGGAGUAACUUUGUCAAAGAUAAGAAGACCAGUAGGCGACGCAGUUGGAAGGUUCUCUGUAAAGUUCAGUGAAUAAAAUAUGGUCAGAUGAUAUGGAACUCAGAAUAUCUAUCAAAGUAGUUCUACUUUGUUCUCAUAAACUGCACUGUGUUGGCUUUUUCAUGUAGCUUUCAGCUAGCUGUACCUCACAAGCAGCAAUAAACUGAGGGUAGCUGUGCCGUUCAGAUGUAAAUAUAUUAUCUUUAGUUAUUAUGUGAUAUAUUUUAUAAUAAAAAUUUCAAAAUAAUCCUCAGACUAUUCAUGUGU